CUGCCAGAUGCCUGCUCUCCCUCCCCCUUUCAUAUUCCUGCUCCAUCCUUCUCCCUCUCUGACGCCUGUCUUGCUCCCUCCCUCUCUCUCUCCCUCCCUCUCUUUCUCUUGCCCUCUCUCUCUCUCGCUCUCUCUCUCUCAGAAGCCUGCUUUUUUUUCUCUCGCUCCUUCCCUCUCUCUGUCUCUCAGCGUGGUGGGUCCGUAGUGUUUUCUGGCCCUAGCGGCUAAGCGGGGCUGCUGUAUCAAUGCAAGAUAGGUGGGUGGGAACGGAGGAUGAACGGAGGAUAAAAUAAACCCUCGGGAGAUUCAAAAUCCUAAAGCAGCCAUCCAACAAAAGAGUGGACAUCCAGAGGAGCUCGCUCUCCCUCUCUCUCUCUCUCUCUCUCUCUCUCUCUCUCUUGAUCUCUCUUCAUCUCUGGCAGCGACGUUUCCCUCCCCUCCGAGUGGUGGAAUGUAGCGGAGGUAUGACUGCAGGGUGUGUAUUCUGCUGCAAGGAGAGGCAGUGGACGGACAGCAGGGUGUGAGCGGGCGUGUGGACAGACGGAAGGAGGGACAGACAGAGGGACUCUGACUCUGGACGACCGGGACUGUAGCCGGCUCAGGAGGAUGUAAACCCUCCUCCCGACCUCGGAGGCUACUCCCAACCCAGGAUCCUCUUUCCCUCCCCAAAGCAUGGGCGACUGGCAAUUCGGGGGGACGCGGCUCUUGUCUCCGUGGUGAUGAGCUGACUCAGCUGAUGUGGAGGGGACAGGACUGGAUGUGUGAGUUGGAAGUCAAACAGCAAAACAACAGCACCAAUAAUUGUAAAAAAAAAAAUCUUGAAAAUGAAACCAAGAAGGGCUGUUUGAAUCCACUGCGCUCCCUAACGGCUCUGGUCUGGAUGAUCUGCACGGGUGGAUUUACAGCGUCUCCGGGAUCCCUCUCCCUGCUCCUCUUUCGACGGUUUCUCAUUCAGCGUGUCCUUGGAUUUACCGAUCCUGCACUUCCUUGCACCUAGUCCUCUGGGUGUGCUUGCGUGCGUGUGCGUUUCUGUCUUCGUGUGCCUUUGUGUGUAUUUCUGUUUGUGAGCAGUUCUCUGUGUGUGUGUGUGCUUGAUGUGCGCGUACAGGUACGUGUGAGCGUUCAUGUGCAUUUGAGCCCUUUUGCUUGCCUGUGUGAGAUUGGGUGAGUGUUUUUUUUUGUGUGUGAGAGAGAAAUGCUCAGCGUUGCCAUUCCGCCCUGUAUAGUUAGCGCCCAGCUGGUGCCCGGUUUCGGGGUCGACCGGUGGUGAGGCAGCAGGAUGAGCGAGAUCUCUGGAGCAGCCAUUGCUGGGACGAUGGUUCUGGAGGAACCAGAAGGGGGCGGGGCCUCAGUGGGCGGGGAACAGGCCUUGGCCCCCGAGCCAGGCAACCUGCGCUGCGGGUCAUGUGCUCUGUGGCCCCGCCCACAGACCUGGCUGUGCAUAGUCCCCCUUUUCAUCGGCUUCAUCGGGUUGGGGCUCAGCCUGAUGCUCCUGAAGUGGAUUGUAGUGGGGUCUGGACAGGACUACGUGCCAACAGACUUGGUGGACGCUAAGGGGAUCGAGCUGUUUCUCUCCAAACCCAGCACUAUCCCCAAAAAUCCCCACGCCACCACCUCCAGCGGUAGCCCCGCGGUGAAGGUUCAAGCCCAGCCGGGUGCUCAGCCCAGCGCUGCGCCGAGCCUGGCGCCGAGCAGGCGGACCCCGCACCUCCACAACCGAAUCAGCACUCGCCUCACCACCACCACCGCCCGCGCCCCCCACCCUCCAGCGCCGGCUGGCCGAGACGUCACCCCCCGUGGCACCACGGUGCCCCGAGCCGGACCCGGCAACGGAAGCGACGGCGCUCCCUCAUCCACCAGAGCGGCUCCGCCGAGCUCCUCCCCCUCCAACCACCCUUCCCUCCACGCCACCGCCCGCACUUGGAACCGCGAGCGCACGUCCAAAGGGUCGUCGGUCACGCCUACUCGGCCGCACCUGCACGUCAAGACAGUUGCUCCUACCUCUCCAUCCUUGCGUUCUGAACACUUCAAACCCUGCAAAGAUAAAGACCUGGCAUACUGCUUGAACGAUGGGGAGUGCUUCGUCAUCCAGACUCUGACGGGAUCACAUAAACACUGCAGGUGUAAAGAAGGAUAUCAAGGCAUUCGCUGUAACCAGUUUCUCCCAAAGACAGACUCAAUUUUGUCAGAGCCAGCGGAACACCUGGGCAUUGAGUUUAUGGAGAGUAAAGAAGUGUACAAAAGACAGGUUAUCUCCAUCUCCUGCAUCACCAUUGGAAUCAGUCUGCUUGGAACACUCUGUGUGGCUCUCUACUACAGGAAUAAGAGGCGAAGAGAAAAGCUACAGGCCCAUCUGAAGGUGAGCUGCAGCCUCAAGACCCCAAAUGUAGGCCUUGCCCCAGCCCUCUCCUCUAAAUCUAGCCCCAGGCUUCUGAAUGGCCUACAGAUUCAAAAGUGCUGCAAAGAUCCUGGGUCCUCCCCUCCACAUGGGGGUGCUGUUUCUGCCUCAGGCCUUUUGCAGAAUAGCCCUGUUCCUCCCAGUUACCCAAAAGCACCACCUACCAAGAAAAUGAGGAGCAGCUCCUUAUCUAACACUCCUGGCCAGAGAAACAGACUAACCCAUCCCCGAAGAACCCCGGCCAUCUCUAGAGGACGGCUGAAUCCAAUUGGAGGAUCCAGAGAUCCUAGCCAUGCCUACCAACACUUACAGGAGAUGGAGGACUCAGAGAAGGAGGUGCAGUCUUUGACAGUGUGUAACUGUGGAAAAGCUGGAAGCGGGCAUCUCCAGGACGGGAAUUUUGAUGCGCAGCAAGGAGAUAGGGGGUUGGACAGGUGGGAGGACGAGGGAGUGCAAUUCACCCAUCUGGAACGUGCCACCCAACUCCACCAGGCACCGCCACUUUCUCUUCGCACCUGCUCUGUUCCCAUCAUCCCCUCUUUCCAGGGACAAGAUGUCACUUCCUGUAUGCAAGAGAACAGCCUAGCAGAGGGGGACAAGAUCAAUCCUCAAGGCAGAUGCCCGCCCACGACCUCCAUUGCAACAGGGUACUGUGGCCUGCGGAGGGAUGGGGAGGAAGGGCCAGGAGAAGUACUUUGGGCCCUGCCCCAAGCCAACAGGAAGCAGGAGGACAAGCCUGAGUGCUUGCUGUCACCUGCUAGGGGUGGAGCUGAGGGAAGGGUCCAAAAUGAACUUUCCAGAAGUGGAUUGGAGGAUUGCUCUGGUCCUGUAAAACACAGCAGAGCCUGCUCCCAGCCUUACCAGUGAACAAAAAAAUAAUGUGAUUACACAGCACACACAGAAAGGGUCAAGACAACAAUCUGGGAAACAGACAUUUAAAAACAUUGAAAGAAAAAAAAGACUGAAAAACACAUAAUCUGCAUAAAGUGGAAAAACUCAAAACCCUACAGAUUAAAAGGACGAUGUUCAGUUUAAAAACAUAUUUAAAAGAAGGAUAAAUUAUUUAUAUGCAUUUAUUUAAAUGAGAAGCUUCAAACAUAGAAAGAAAACCAAAUAGUCUGUUAUCUCUAUGGUGUUUUUAAUUGUAAAAAAAUAUAUAAAAUAACAAGGUGAAAUAAAGAUGAGGAAUAUGAGAGUGA